GGGCGCGGCGGCGGGCGGAGCCUCCCCGCCGCUCGCCCCUCCGCCCGGCCGCUGCGGCAGUGUCUCGGAGGCGGGCAGGCGGCCGGUCCCUCCGGUCCCCCCCGGCAGCAUCCCGGCCCCGCCAUGGCUGGCGUCGGCUUCGCGGCGCACCGCCUGGAGCUGCUCGCCUCCUACCAGGACGUGAUCGGCGAGGACAGCCCCACCGACUGGGCCCUCUACACGUAUGAGGAUGGCUCCGAUGACCUGAAGCUGGCAGCGUCAGGAGGUGGAGGUUUGCUGGAGCUCUCUGGCCACUUUGAGAUCCAGAAGGUGAUGUACGGCUUCUGCAGCGUCAAGGACCCUCAGGCUGUGCUCCCUAAAUAUGUCCUCGUCAACUGGGUGGGCGAGGACGUGCCAGACGCCCGCAAGUGUGCCUGUGCCAGCCACGUGGCCAAGAUCGCCGAGUUCUUCCAGGGCGUGGAUGUCAUUGUCAAUGCCAGUAGUGUGGAGGACAUCGACCCAGGGGCCAUCGGGCAGCGACUCUCCAACGGGCUAGCCCGAGUCUCCAGCCCGGUGCUGCACCGCCUGCGGCUGCGGGAGGAUGAAAACGCUGAGCCCGUGGGCACCACUUACCAGAAAACUGACGCCACCGUGGAGAUGAAGCGGCUCAAUCGGGAGCAAUUCUGGGAACAAGCCAAGAAAGAAGAGGAAUUGCGUAAAGAGGAGGAACGGAAAAAGGCCCUGGAUGCCCGGCUGCGGUUCGAGCAGGAGCGGAUGGAGCAGGAACGGCUGGAGCAGGAGGAGCGGGAGCGGCGCUACCGGGAGCGGGAGGAGCAGAUCGAGGAGCACAGGCGGAAGCAGCAGAGCAUGGAGGCGGAGGAGGCCCGGCAGCGCCUGAAGGAGCAGUCCAUCUUUGGAGAUCAGCACGAGGAGGACGACAGGCAGCAGCUCAGGAAAUCAGAGUCGGAGGUGGAGGAGGCUGCUGCCAUCAUCGCUCAGCGGCCUGACAACCCCCGGGAAUUCUUCAAGCAGCAGGAGCGGGUGGCGUCGGGCAGCAGCGAGGCCGUCUCACCGGGCAGCCACAGGACAGCAGGUCGUCUGCACUGUCCUUUCAUAAAGACAGCUGACAGUGGACCGCCUUCUUCCUCCUCCUCCUCCUCCCCCCCACGGACCCCCUUCCCCUAUAUCACCUGUCACCGCACCCCAAAUCUCUCCUCUUUCUUCCCAUGCAGCCACUCGGACGCGUACCGCAAGGCCUCGGCAGCGGGCUGCAGCCCCUGCGAGUCCAGCCCGGCCGCCACGCCGCUGGGUGAGCCGGGCACCCGCGCCUCGGGUGACGAGACGCCGGCAACGCCCAAAGACUCCCCCAGCCCCAGCACCCAGGAGACCGGGCCAGCCGCACCUGAGCAGCACUGGCCCUUCCCGGGACCCGAGGACAAGGCCACCGAGCCCCCUGGGGACGAGCCCGGCCACAGGCCGGCAUGGACAGCGGGGGGUGACGCCUUGGGGGACCUGGUGACCCUGGAGCCCGCCGAGCCCUCCUCACUGCCCACAGCCACGGAAUCCCAGCCCGGGGAGACCCCCAACCCUGAGAGCCUCAUCGACCUGUGGCAGAGUGACGGGGCCACCCCGGCCACUGCCUGGCCCCUGCCCACCACCCCUGUCCCCGAGGGCCCCCCAGCCACGCUGCCCGACGAGGGGGCCCUGCUGAGCCUGGACGAGCUGCCUGAGCCCCCUGCCACCUUCUGUGACGCAGAACAGGAGGAGGAGGAGGUGGCCAGUGGGGGGGACCCUCAGCCCCGGGGGCUCGGCUGCCAGCGUGCCCCUGAGGAGGACACCCCCGGCCGAGAGACCCCCCCCAUCACCAAUGGGGAGAUGGCCCCCAAGGACGGGACACCAGGUCGUGGGGAGCAGGCCAGUGAGGGCUAUUUCAGCCAGUCCCAGGAGGAGGAGGUGCCCCCUCCUGAAGAGCCAUCGGCCAAAGCCCCCCAACCCAUCUUCUACAACAAACCCCCAGAGAUCGACAUCACAUGCUGGGACGCAGACCCCCUGCCCGAAGAGGAGGAGAGUUUCGGGGGGGGCCUGUAAGCACAGGUCCCUCUGCCGGCACAGGCAGCCCGCCCCGGCCGGCGCGGGGGGGCUGCAGCUGGGGGCCGGGCCCCCCUCUUACCCCACUGGGGCCCUGCAGGAUGAGGCCUCUGGGUGGGGGCCGCCCCACUGUGCCCCCACCCCGGGGCACCUUUUACAGCCCCCCCCCCCCAUCUCUUUUUUAAGUUGUUGGUAGGAGCCGUGUCAGCCCCCAAGUUCCCCCCCAUUAGCAGUGCCCCCCCGCUGCCCCAGUGAGUGCCCGUUCGGCGCGGGGGCGGGGGUGCACACGCAUCCCCUGUCUGGCUGUGGGAUGAGGUCCUUGUUCUCUUCAUGCCCCCAGGGAGCCCCCCAGUACUUUGCACGAGUCCAAAAAAAAAGGAAUAAUAAUAAUAAUAACAAUAAUAAAUGAAUAUGGCAAUAAAAAUGACCUGACCGAGGCGAGGCCGUGGCUGGCGGUGCCCCUCUCCCCCCCCCCUUCCAAAUCCCGGCAGGGAGCUGGUGUGGGGCUUUUGCCCUCCCCCCCUCCUUCCUUGCCGGGAGCCCCCCCGCUCCCUGCUUGGCCCCCGCUUGGCCCCUCUCUCUCCCCCUUACAGCAACUGUUUUUGGAAAGCACAAGUUCUGUACCGGCAGUGUGCUCAUGUCUGUUAAUAAAUAAAGCGACAAAGCGACUCCCA